AGUGACCGUCCCGCGCUCAGACGGAAAAGCUGUUUCAUUUCCAUAUUGAUGACCAUGCAGCCUGCCAUUCAAGUAUGGUUUGGAGAAGACCUGCCUCUAAGUCCGCGGAGUCCUCUGACCCCCAGGCACGGACCAGGUUUGGCGGAUGUCUGUCAGUAUGAUGAGUGGAUAGCUGUGAGGCAUGAGGCAACUCUGUUGCCCAUGCAAGAAGAUCUCUCAAUCUGGCUGUCUGGCUUAUUAGGUAUUGAAGUUAAAGCAGAAAGGUUACUGGAGGAACUUGACAAUGGAGCACUAUUAUGCCAACUGAUUGAUGUUCUUCAAAACAUGGUGAGAACAGGAAACCCUGAGGAACCAAGGAAUUUUCCAAUGAGAAAAGUACCCUGUAAGAAAGAUGCUGCCUCGGGUUCAUUCUUUGCUAGAGAUAAUACUGCAAACUUCCUUCAUUGGUGUAGGCACCUGGGUGUUGAUGAAACCUACCUCUUUGAAUCUGAAGGUUUAGUUUUGCACAAAGAUCCAAGACAGGUAUAUCUUUGUCUUCUUGAAAUUGGCCGAAUUGUGUCAAGAUAUGGAGUCGAGCCACCAGUAUUAGUAAAGCUUGAGAAAGAAAUAGAGCUGGAAGAGACUUUACUUAAUACUUCCGGGCUUGAAGAUUCCAUCAGCAUUCCAAAAUCCUGUUGUCAGCAUGAGGAGUUGGAUGAAGCCGUUAAACAUAUUGCUGAAGACCCUCCUUGUAGUUGUUCUCAUCGAUUUUCUAUUGAGUACUUAUCUGAAGGACGGUACCGACUGGGGGAUAAAAUACUCUUCAUACGAAUGCUCCAUGGAAAGCACGUCAUGGUCCGUGUUGGUGGAGGCUGGGAUACUCUUCAAGGAUUUUUGCUUAAAUAUGACCCCUGCCGAAUUUUACAGUUUGCCACACUAGAACAGAAGAUUCUAGCAUUUCAGAAAGGUGUUUCUAAUGAAAGCGUUCCUGAUUCAUCUGGCAGAACACCUCAGCCUCCUGAAAUGAAUCCUUUGUCAGCAGUUAACAUGUAUCAGAAACAAAAAUUAAAACCUGGCACACCAGUUAGCGUUUCGAGGAGUAAGGAAAAGCAGGACCACCCUCCAGAUGCAUUGCCUUGCUCUUCCUUGAAAGGGGCCCAUCCGAGCUCCCCAGCAGUGCGUUCUAAAUUGCCAAAUUCUCCAGCAGCAGCGUCGCAUCCCCAUCUUAAAUCUUCAAAAGGCACAACCAAGACACCACACGCGCCUUCAAGUAGCGCAUCCUCCUCCUUGGCCCCUUUAAAUCCAGUGGGAAAAAGCACAUCUUCACCAGCUUUAUCGAGACCUGCCCCUUGUGUAUCCGAGUCCUUGAGAAAAUGCGUCUCCUCACCCCAUACUCCUAAGGCCAAACUUACUGCAUCCCAGAGUUCAAGAGCUUUGCCCAAGUCUGCAGUGGCAGCAAGCAAAUGUCCCGGUCAAACUGAACCAAAGGACUUGAAACACAGUCAUGUUUCUUCCAGGGAGACUGCAGGAUCUCAGGCCACUGCGCAUUUAAAUUCAUCGCCAAAGUGUCCAAAGCUUCCUAAAGGAAACAUACAUGUGAGACCUAAACCACCUCCUUCUUUCCAGUCUCCUGCAAAAAUCACAAAAUCCAGUUCCAAAACCACGGCCACAGGUCUCCAAGCUCCGUCUCAGCCAACUGACGGAGCCCUGCAGGCAGGGGUAGCACCAGCACAGACGCUGAAGUCGGCUUCGAAUUUAAGCAAGCCACUCCCUGGGCCCUCGGUUUCUUCUGCUAAAGCUGCGCAGGGAUCGAGAGAGAAGAGUGUGGUGUCCGUCGUCAAAAAGAAGCCCCAGAUUAAAAGCUCAGCCCCCAAGACAGGGGCCGGCGCCUCCAGGUCGCCUGGCCGCACUCCACUGUCCGUCGUGAGUCUUCCUCAGUCUUCUGCCAAGACCCCACCAGUGCAGAGGUCCACAGCACAGACUGCCGCCAAGACCCCGCGCUCAGCUCACGGACCUCCACACAGGGACAGAGCCCCCGCCACAACCAGGAAACCACCUUCCUCAGGGCCGGAAGCAGGGGGUGACAAAAAGGCUACUGCAAAGAAAAAGGAUGACGAUGACCAUUAUUUUGUUAUGACUGGAAGUAAGAAACCUAGGAAAUAAGUGUAAAUGUGUCAUUUUAAGAACAUGGAGGCAAGGAAGAGUGAAUGUGCUAGAAUUGUCCUUUUUCUCCCCUUUGGGUUUCUAUAAAAAUAGAGGCCGCCACUGUUAAGUACUGUGAGAUGGGAUGGGAAUUGGGGUGAGGAGAGGGCUCCUCAGAAUCCACAGCCCUGAGUUCAAUGGAUACCCUUCUAAGGCAGGUUGUUAUCAAGGCCCCACAAGGUACUGAAUAACAAAAGAUAUUGAUAGUUUUCAGCCCUUGGCAUCUUUGCUAAUGUCUGUCUUUUAAGUUAAGGGAAAUGCAAGUCAAAUAACACUACUAUACUCAUCCUUAGAGAUGGUAUAUUUUAAUAUCUGUUAAGUAUGGAGUUUAUAUCCCUGUUAAUAGCAACAAUGGUGCUCUUGGUAUUAUUUUCUUGAGUGAAAAAAAAAUCAACGGUUUUGCACUUAUUUUAUAAAAGGCACUGAGUUAAAUCUUCUCAUCAGGAUCCCCUGAUCUAAUAAUACUAAGUACCAGUGGCUGCUUCUGCUUAGCUUGGUGUUACUCUGGGUUUAGUAAACUAUUUAAAAUUUCUUUAAGGUUUCCAAAUCAAAAGGGACUGAUACUUUUAACUUGCGUGUAUUAACAGUGUAAUAUUUUAUUGCCAACAUUUUUGUAAACAAAAGUAAGAUAAUGUAUUGAAAUGUAAACUGAACUUUGGUAUUUUAAAAAAGCAAGUCUUUCCAUGAAUUAUUUAUAAACUUUGUAUCUUAUAUUUUAGAUGGAUGCUGUGCAAUGUGAAAAAAUAAACUUAAUAGCUUUUUUAGCAAAUAAAUGUUUUAAUAAUGUAAUUUUUCUCUAAGCAUACAUAUGAAUUAUCAUCCUCAAAUAAUGUUUUUUUAAUAUCACAAUUAUGUUUAAACUAAUCUUGAAAUUAAGGUAAUGUUAAAGAAUCUUAAAGUGGGGCCAGGAAUAUAGUUCAGUGGUAGAACACCUACCUUGAAUGUGUGAGGCCCUUGGGUUUCAUCCUUCACACUGCAAAAAGAAAAAAGAAAGAAAUAGUGGUGCUAAGUAAAAAUUCUACCAUGUGAUUGUUACUUUUCUGUGGAUAUCACAAUACUAAUUUUAGUUCAGGUCUUCAAUGAUUUGUUUUUUUGAGCUCACGCUGCCUUUAGUUUUCCACUGACAUGUGUACCAUAGGAACACGGCAUUUCCUGCUCCACUGGCAUUCUCCAAGAAACAGAUCAUGGAAUAGGGAAUGACUGCACAGAUUACAGUGCUCUAAAAUAGGUCUAAUAAUCUGUAUUUUUAGAAAUUUUAACUAUUUAAAACAUUUUAAUAUUCUUUCACAAGUUUUCAUGGGAUGCAAUAACUUCACAGUGUUAGGUUACCACAGGUUCUUAUAGUAAACAUUGAAGUCUGUGGUCCCCAUUUUAAGCUUUUUGAAAGAAAAAGAAUGGUUUACACAAAUGUGCAAUCAUAGAAACUAAGCAUCUUAAUUUGAUACUGUUUCAUAGGUUUUAAACUAAGAACACUUUGUAUAGUACUUAGGUGAUCUUUAAACUAAGAACACUUUGUAUAGUACUUAGGUGAUCUUUUGCCUAAGGAAUACGGUUAAAAUCAAAGAUAUAUGCAGGCUAGUUUGGGGAAUAAUUGAUUUCUUCUUAAAAGAGACAGUCGCCAAAUAUUUGAUCUGUUUCUACUGCUAUUUGGAUAAUGAAAGAGGCAAUAUCAACAUCUUUUGCGAAGUGUAAUCAAUAUCAAAGAAGUGCUAGACAUAUUUUAGUACUGGAUGCUUUUCACCAGAUAUCAGAAAUGUAUCUUUCAAAGAGGAAAAAAUUAUGCCUACAAGCUAGAUUUUGAAGACCAAAUGAUAAAUUCAGUAUUAAUAACUUUUAGAAUUUAAAUACAGAAGUUAGUAAUAUAAUGGCCAGCCUUUGAAUCCACUUGAUUUUACAACAUGUGAAUAGUAACUUUGUGUUGACAGUUAUUAGGAAUCCCAUAGGCAUCUGAAACAAAGCACAAAAAUGGUUUCCCUUUUUGAACAAUUAGAAUUUAUAAUUUGAGUCUUCACUUUUUGAGUUAUAUUCAUGUUGAAUAAAUUUUUGUAUAUGGCUAUAUAUAGCUAUACCUACCAAAAAAGGAGGUUUUUUAUGUGUAAACAGUGGCUGAAAAGCACUUUCUUCAAAUAUAAAUUUAGAUAUAAUUUUUAGAAGCUAGUAAUUCUAAUCAUUUAAAAAUUAUUAAGUAUAUCUUUUAUGUCAUCAAUGUUGGAAAUAUUUUUAAAAUAGUGCAAGAUUUUUAAAUUGCUUAAUAUUAAUACACAAUUUUUGGUGUAUAAAAUAUUGUGUGAAUAUUAAGCUUAAAUUACUAGUACCCAGAGGUAGAAAUAAUGGGUACAAAAGAAUGGAGUAAGGUCUUAUUUUUCUUUGUGAUAAUUUGUUAGGGUGACUAAUAUGUCAAAUUAAUCUUCAUAAUAAAAUAAAAUGCUGAUCAUUUUUUAUAGUGCUUUAAUUUACAGUAGAAAACUAAGGCUUGUAUUUUCAGAAUGCUUGAUAAAAUAGAUCUGGCCUCUAACUUUGCUCUCUUAACUGGCAAGGGAAAUAUUCUGGGAAAGUUACUGUUCCUUCUGCAAUUUGUUGUAUCUGAUUUUAAAAUAUAUUACCUCUUUAAAAGACUUCAGUAACCAAAUGUUAGGAUUCAUCUUUAUAUCCAGGUUACAUGUGGGUGCAAUUGAAUAAAAUUUGUAUAUAUUUAUUUCUUGUAUCAGCAGCAUUUGUAUCAUAUUUUAAUUUUAUUUUCUCAAGCAUUAGACUUUAAUCCUAUAUGCCAAGUUCUCAAUUUGCUUUUUUGUGUAUUCUGAACAAUUCUGAUAAUUUGUUUCAUAUGAAAAAUUGUAAUACAAAACAAUAAUAAUUUCAGAAUAGUUUCACAAUAUUUUUGUUAACAUGCCCUUUUUCUCUCUUUAAAAAUUAAAUUACUAUAGUUUAGGUCGCAUGUUUAUAAUAGAGUUUUCCCUUUUUAUAUUUCGGAGUUUAUUUUACUGUUCCUGCAGGAUUAGUGGACUCUGCUUUUAACCAACCAGUUGUUGUACAGUUUGUGGUUGUAUUUACCGAAGUUUGUCUCAAUAAGACUUAAAACAUAUUUGAUCAUCUCUUAGAUAAUAGAAAUAAUUGUUGCUUAUUAAAGCAGAAUUCUAUAGAUCAUGUGUUCACAGAAGGUAGAAAUUUCCAGCUCCUGUAAUUUUUAGCAGUUUCACACAUUGGUACAGUGAGAAUACUUUUGAAAUACUCGAUUUUCCCUAUAUUCAAGAUUGGAACAAUUAUUAAAAGUCCCUAAUCAA